AUGUCGUCUCUGAGCAGAGAGUUGGUUUUCUUAAUCCUUCAGUUCUUAGAUGAGGAGAAGUUCAAGGAAUCUGUUCACAAGCUAGAGCAGGAAUCUGGGUUCUUCUUCAAUAUAAAGUAUUUCGAAGAGAAAGCUCUUGCUGGAGAGUGGGAUGAAGUUGAGAAGUAUCUUUCAGGCUUCACUAAAGUCGAUGAUAAUCGAUACUCUAUGAAAAUUUUCUUUGAGAUCAGGAAGCAAAAGUAUCUCGAAGCUCUAGAUCGAAAUGACAGAGCAAAAGCUGUGGAAAUAUUAGCCAAAGACUUGAAAGUUUUUGCGACGUUUAACGAGGAACUUUACAAGGAGAUCACUCAGCUUCUGACUCUGGAGAAUUUCAGGGAAAAUGAGCAAUUGUCGAAAUAUGGUGAUACAAAAUCAGCCAGGACAAUAAUGUAUACCGAGCUGAAGAAACUGAUAGAGGCAAAUCCUCUGUUUCGAGAGAAGCUUGCCUUCCCCAGUUUCAAGGCUUCACGCCUGAGGACUUUGAUCAAUCAAAGCUUGAACUGGCAGCACCAGCUGUGCAAGAAUCCGAGGCCUAAUCCUGACAUCAAAACGUUGUUCUUGGACCACUCUUGCUCAGCGGCAAACGGUGCUCGUGAACUCACUCCUGUGAAUCUUCCGGUUGCCGCUGUUGCAAGACCUUCCAACUUUGUUCCUCUCGGAGUACAUGGUGGACCUUUUCAACCAAGUGCUGCUCCUCCUCCUAACGCCAAUGCUUUAGCUGGAUGGAUGGCAAACCCGAAUCCUUCUUCAUCAGUUCCAUCUGGUGUCGUCGCUGCUUCCCCUUUUCCUAUGCAACCAAAUCAAGGAGUUAAUGUGUUGAAACAUCCUCGGGCACCGUCAAACUCUCUAGGACUGAUGGAUUAUCAAAAUGCUGAUCACGAGCAACUCAUGAAACGUUUACGGUCUGCAGAAACUGCCAACGAGGUAACGUAUCCUGCACAUACUCAACAUCCCGCUGUGUCACUUGAUGACCUCCCUAGGAAUGUUGUGAGUACAAUACGCCAAGGGUCGGUGGUGAUAAGCAUGGAUUUUCACCCUUUGCAUCACACUUUACUCGCUGUUGGUUGUUCAAACGGCGAAGUCACCUUGUGGGAAGUUGGAUCCAGGGAGAAGAUUGUCACAGAGCCUUUCAAGAUUUGGAAUAUGGCUGCUUGCUCUGUGAUGUUCCAGGGUACCAUUGUGAAAGAGCCAUCAAUAUCCGUCACUCGUGUAGCAUGGAGCCCAGAUGGAAAUUUGAUUGGGGUUUCUUUUACUAAACAUCUGAUCCAUGUAUAUGCCUACCAAGGCUCGGACCUACGCCAACACCUUGAGAUUGAUGCUCAUGUAGGCUGUGUGAAUGACUUGGCGUUCGCUCACCCAAACAAGCAAAUCUGUGUUGUGACUUGUGGGGAUGACAAAUUGAUUAAGGUGUGGGAAUUGAGCGGGAAGAAGCUUUACACCUUUGAAGGCCACGAGGCACCUGUUUAUUCCAUUUGCCCUCACCAGAAGGAAAACAUUCAGUUUAUAUUCUCAACUGCUCUUGAUGGCAAGAUCAAGGCUUGGCUCUAUGAUAAUGUUGGUUCUCGGGUUGAUUACGACGCACCAGGACAGUGGUGUACAACGAUGCUAUACAGUGCCGAUGGAAGCAGAUUAUUUUCUUGUGGGACGAGUAAAGAUGGAGAGUCUUUCUUGGUCGAGUGGAAUGAGAGCGAAGGUGCACUGAAGAGGACAUAUCUAGGCUUUAGGAAGAAAUCCGUUGGAGUUGUUCAGUUUGAUACAACUCGUAACCGUUUCUUGGCUGUUGGUGAAGACAAUCAAGUUAAAUUCUGGGACAUGGACAAUACAAAUCUUUUAACAACUGUUGAGGCUGGAGGAGGACUUCCGAAUCUACCCCGAUUGAGGUUCAACAAGGAAGGGAAUCUUCUUGCAGUGACUACAGCGGAUAACGGAUUCAAGAUCCUUGCAAAUACUGAUGGUCUUAGAACCUUAAGAGCGUAUGAAGCUCGGUCUUUUGAAGCAUCUAAAGCAUCCAUUGAGAUGAAGGUAUCCAGCUCCGCUAUGGCUUCAGGCAUCAGCCCAGCUAUUGGUAAAAUUGAACACAUGGACACAGGCUCUCCUGCAAGGCCAACCCCAAUUCCUAAUGGAAUUGAGGCAAUGUCAAGAACUAUGGAAAAGCCGAGAAACAUGGACUCUGUUGAUAAGUCUAAACCUUUGGAGCUCACAGAGAUUGUUGAUCCAACUCAGUGCCGACAAGUGACCAUGCCAGAUAGCAAGGAUUCUGUUAGCAAGGUUGCUCGGCUUCUUUAUACAAAUUCUGGUGUCGGCGUUUUGGCUCUCGGAGCAAAUGGUGUCCAAAGACUAUGGAAGUGGAGCCGCAAUGAGCAAAAUCCAACUGGGAAGGCAACAGCUAGCGUAACUCCACAGCAUUGGCAGCCUAACAGCGGUCUUCUGAUGGCGAACGAUGUUCCCGAGAAUCCUGAAGCAGCUGUGCCGUGUAUAGCGCUUUCUAAGAAUGACUCGUACGUUAUGUCAGCUUGCGGUGGAAAGGUUUCGUUAUUCAAUAUGAUGACUUUCAAAGUGAUGACAACUUUCAUGCCACCACCACCAGCUUCGACGUUCUUGGCAUUUCAUCCCCAAGAUAAUAACAUUAUUGCAAUCGGGAUGGAGGACUCGAGUAUACAUAUUUACAACGUCAGAGUAGAUGAGGUGAAAACAAAGUUGAAAGGUCACCAAAAGCACAUAACUGGUCUAGCAUUCUCUACUGCACUCAAUGUCCUUGUCUCUUCUGGUGCUGAUGCUCAGCUCUUCUUCUGGACCGCUGACUCAUGGGAGAAGAAGAAAUCUUCAGCGAUUCAGCUACCACCUGGAAAAGCACCAGUAGGCGACACGCGAGUCCAGUUCCACAACGACCAAAUCCAUAUGUUGGUUUCACAUGAGACACAGCUCGCCAUUUACGAUGCUUCAAAGAUGGAAUGUAUUCAUAAGUGGGUGCCGCAAGAAGCUUUGUCUUCGCCCAUAACCUCAGCAUCUUACUCAUGCAACAGCCAUUUGGUUUACGCGUCAUUCGCUGAUGGAAACAUUGGAGUGUUUGAUGCUGAAUCCUUGAGACUCCGAUGUCGCAUUGCUCCAUCAGCUUAUAUGCCUCAACCAACUCCCAACAGUGCACCGGUCAUUCCACAAGUGAUCACAGCUCAUCCGCAAGAACCGAAUCAGUUUGCCGUUGGACUCUCUGAUGGUUCAGUUAAAGUGAUAGAGCCAUCAGAAACUUCUAGAAGAUGGGGUGUUGGCGUUGCGGUUGCUGCAGAUAAAGCAGGGACCGAGAAUGGACGGCCGUCUAGUUCGUCGGCGGCGAAUAACUCAAGCUCAGAUCAGAUUCAAAGGUAA